AUGGGAACACCACCUCACCUCUCACGCCUGGCUUGUCUUGCCCCCAUGCAGCUGCUGAACCAUGGCAUCUCGCACGAGCUGAUGGACGAGGUGGAGCGGCUGACCAAGGCGCACUACGCCAGCUUGCGGGAGGCCAAGUUCCAGGAGUUCGCGGCGCGCACGCUGGAGGCCGGAGACAAGGGCGGCGACGUCAAGGACGUGGACUGGGAGAGCACCUUCUUCGUCCGCCACCUCCCGGCCUCCAACCUCGCCGACCUCCCCGACGUCGACGACCACUACAGGUGA